UUGUUGGAUUUGUUAAAUUAAGACCAAUUUAUUCUAAUAAUUUAAAUAUAUUUCGCUAAAAGUUCUAUGUAUAAUAGUUGUUUGAAAUCAAAAAUUAUAUCUUAAUAUUAAAAAAGUGUAGAAUAUAAUAUAAAAAGUCCUGGAAUUAACUCACAGAGCUCUGCUCUCCGAACUGCGGCGUGCAGCUUUAAUUAAAUUAAUUAAGAGAUAAUUAACUUUAAGAGCAGACAUUAAUUGAAUCUAAAGUGUUCAAAUAUUUUAUUAUAUAUACUAAAUUCAGUUAGUUUGUAAAUAAUUCUAAACAUCACAAUGAUGGACGAACAGCUUAUUGAUGAAGUAGCCCUUCAUGGUGUAAUUUUUAAUCGGCAAAAAUAUUAUUUGAAUGGAGGGAGCGGAGGUGGUGGUGCAGGCAAAUAUGAAACAAAGGAUGAAGCCUGGCAAAUAAUCGCUAUGAAACUGCGCACAGAUGUGGAAACAUGUAAGAAACGUUGGAAAUAUUUACGGGAACGUUAUGUAUCACAGCGCAAACAAGGAGACCCACCUGUUUAUGAACAUCUUUCACGCCCUUAUUUAGAAAAAAUGAAAUUUCUCGAUCAACAUAUACAACCUCGUAAAUCGUAUCGCAAUGUGCCUAGUUUUUUAACAUCACCACACUCAGCAAAUAGUUCCAACUAUAGUGAAUACAAUAUGGACUCAAAGUCAAAUGGUUCUAAUAAAAAUAUGAGUCAUUUUGGCAACACAGGAGUCGUGCAACAUCAUUAUCAUCAGCAACAGGAUCAGCAUCCAAUGAAUGCAUUAAGUUCAGCAGCUGCUGCUGCUUCUGCAAUAGAAAAUGCCAAUGGUCAAGUAAAAAUAGAAGCUGAUCAGGUCUUUCGUGAUUUUGCGGCCGCUGUGGCUUCACAACAACUACAACAAAUCUCACAAUCGCAAAUGCAUCACCAAGCCGCAGCAGUGGCUGCAGCAAUGGCCGACUCAUCCCAAAAUUAUCAUGAACAUUACCGUGAUAAUACCGUUGGUAAUUUAGGUGUAGGCAAUAACACUACAAACGGUGCUGUUGGUGCUGGGAUACCGUCAUCAUCAUCAUCGAUGAAAUCUCCACUAUCCUCUCCAUUGUCAAGUAGUCUUAAUGGCACACUUGCUGGACAAGGACAUUCUACAUCAACGCCACAGCAAGUCGCUGCGCAUUCAUCGUCUAACCAAAUACCCUCACAUGGAUAUAAUGAUACCAACAAUGACGACCUUGAUUCCUCAACCGGCAGCAAUUUCAAUAUGAAGAAACCUCGCGUGCAAAUUAGUUCACAAACUGCCAAUAUGUCCCAUACAAAUAAUAACAGUAACAAUAAUUCAACAACUAAUGCUGCCAAUUCUCAUUUUGUUGAUGAUUCAGAUGACGACUCUGAUGACAAUAGCACAAAUCUUAUACCUCCGCAAACUAUUCUUAAUAAUCAUCAAGACUCUAAUCAUUUUAACACAGCACCAUCUACCUCAAAUGCUGCAUCCAUGACACGCUCCAACAAUAACAACAAUAAUCAACAAGGAAUGUUUCCCUCAAAUGCUGACUUUUUAUUUCAGCUUUACCAACAACUUCCACACCAACAGCAAACACAAUCUUCACAACAAAGUUUUAAUAAAUUUUCGGCACCUCAAAGUCACCAACAACGCUGCUCUGAACACCUACUUGGUGAAUUAGUCACUACAGAAUUAUUAAAAAUGUCUAAAGAGCGACGUAAAACAGUACAAAGGCGCAUAUUGGAGAUAUUAUUUUUUGACGACUAAAUUAUAGAAUACUGUAUAGCAGGCUUCUUAUUUGCACGUUAGAUAUUACACAAAUAAGAUCGAAAUUGUGGUCGUCACAGAUCCAGGCACAUAUUCAUGAGUGAAAAUUAUAUUUAUACUUUUCACACAAUGUUUUGGUUAAAGGGUAUUUUCAGUUUCUCAAAAUGAUUAUUUAAUAGUUCUUUAAAUCAAUUUGCCUAGUCGUAUGAAUUGAUCUAAACAUAUCUCCUCAGUGUGUUUGCAUAUCUAUCGGUGUAUUUAUCAGUUGAUAUUAGUAGUCUUUGAGUUUUUGAACUAACCUAAUACAACUUACCACACAGAUUCUUCCGGAUCUAAUUGAAAAUGAAAUAAAAUUAAUUAACAAGCUUGAAAACAAUUAAAAAAUCAAGAGCAAAUAAUUUUUUUGUACAACUGCGUAUGAAGAGUAUUGAAACUGAUAGAUCCGAAAUUAGUUCUAUUUUUGUUAUACCUUAUAAAUAUUUACGCAUUAGUGCGAUUAGUUAUAGUGCGACAUAAAGUACGUGCCACACAUGUCUAUAAGUGCAUAAUGUAUGUAAAUUCGAAGCUUGUUACUUUUACGUGCUAUAUGAUUUAAAUUAUAGUAAUAAGGUUCUUUUAAUAGGCGUUAGGUUCUUAAAUUUAAUUGAGUACGAUUUCUUAACAGGUCUUCAUUCCACAUUCUAAGAUAAUGGUAAAAUGUUAUAACUAUUUGUUCUUUAUUGUGUAUUUAUUUUAAGUUUUUUUUUUAAACAAUUUUAUAUAGAUUUUAUGUUUGUAUAUUUAAGGUUUGAUACAAAGAAAAAGACGUUUAAUUUUUAAAGU